GCUCUCGUGGAUGAUGAUGAUGAGCCCUGAGGCACGAGCAGGCAGAGCGCGCUCAGUAGACACGGGAACCUGCUGAAGGCCGUCGUACUCGUACGUUGUAAAUUAUGUACAUAAGUUACCGAUAAUAUUCGGGUACACAUGAAUGGCCGGGCGCGGAGCUCAGAGCCGUUUAACCGAGCAGCGAAAGGGAAAACCGGUACACCGACGACAACCAUCUUCUGAAUUGGACCGAAUACAGCAAGUGCUCCGUGGCUGACGCUCACACACGCACACACACACACAGCCUCGACGACUCUGGCUCAAGCCGAUAACACCACGGAGAGAACAUCCAAUGUAAAGAGAGGAGCAAAGCGGUGUUUUUUCUAAAGCUUUUUAGUACAUGUAUUUUUUCAGUGGGUGUAUAAUAGUUUUGUAUGCAGAAAGCCCAGUGUUAACCGCGUUUAGCACCGUUUUUUUUAUAAAGCUACAGGAGUAAUUAAGAAUUCAGUUAUCACUGAGUUAGCUUGCUAACUGGCUGAGCAGCUUGUCUUUUAAAAACAGCUCUGGACCGACGAGUUUCGAUGCUACAUAUGGGGUUUACCUGAGGAUCUUCAUACAACAGUUAGAAAGAAAAUCCCUGCAGUUUUCCAAACAGGCUUGAAAAAAACUCCCACUUUAGUGUUUGUUUGUAGGAGCUGUGAGAUAUUUGGUUGACUUUGAUUAGUACUUCACAAAAGUGGGGUCUAAAGAAAAUGUAGGAAAUGGUGAGGAGGAACAUGAAGAAAGAAACGGUUUUCUUACAACUGUCUCACCCUCCUGUGUCAUUAAACACUAACUCAUAAAGGAGAGGGGGAGAGGCAGAUUGGAGGAAAAGUGGGAUAGUGUCAUCAGUUUGAACAGAGACUGUCACCCGCAGCUCUGGAAGGAAACCCGACACACUAGCAAGGGUGAGUGGGUGACCACAGAAAGAGGGAGAGACGGGGACUGACGGAGGAGCAAAGGUUUGGAGGAGGAGGAGGUCCAGGAGGAAGAGUGGGAGAAGCCAUUCCCUAUGGCAACCGACCCAGGAGAGCCAACAGGUACCGGGGACACCUCGGAGAAACCUGAUGGACGGAUGGAGGAGGAUGCAGAGCGAGAGGGCAGGGCCGACCAACAGAGGGAAAGGACACACAGUACCCCGUCGGACUUCCCCUCCUCCCAGACUCAGGAGAGGAAACUGGGAGAGGAUGGAGUAAUCCAAGGGGGAGGAGGAGGAGGAGGGGAAGCCAGUAAGGCAGCUGAGGACAACCCAGACAGACAGAUUUCAUUCUCCACCCCGUCCUUAAUAGUAGACUCUGGCCAGAAACGACUGAGGAGGGAGAAGCGCUUCUUCAGGAAGAGUGUGGAGAUUUGUGAGCAGGACGAUGAGGUGGAGGUGCCUCCAGAGGCACCCCACAGUGCCCCCCAUCUGGAGCUGCGCUCCUCAGACUCAGUCUUCACCAGCAGUGCCACGCAGCAAGGAGCUGCUUCAUCCUGUGCUGCAAUGGGCCAUGACCCAUCCUGCCCCAGCUCCAGCCAGGAGCCUGGCAAGGAUGCCUCUUCCACUGCACUCAUCCAGAGGGGGAAAGAGAGGGACCGUGAGCUGGAGGAGGAGGCAGAAAUGAAGGCUGUGGCGACGUCUCCUGGAGGCAGGUUCCUCAAAUUUGACAUUGAACUGGGCAGAGGAGCCUUCAAGACAGUAUACAAAGGCCUAGACACAGAGACCUGGGUGGAGGUGGCUUGGUGUGAACUUCAGGACCGCAAACUGACCAAGGCGGAGCAACAACGCUUCAAGGAGGAGGCUGAGAUGCUGAAGGGGUUACAACACCCUAACAUCGUCCGCUUCUAUGAUUCUUGGGAGUCUGUGCUCCGCGGCAAGAAGUGCAUCGUACUAGUCACUGAGCUCAUGACUUCAGGAACACUUAAAACUUACCUGAAACGCUUCAAGGUGAUGAAACCCAAAGUCCUGAGGAGCUGGUGUCGUCAAAUUCUGAAGGGCCUUCACUUCCUUCAUACCAGGACUCCUCCGAUAGUCCACCGGGACCUCAAAUGUGACAACAUCUUCAUAACAGGCCCCACAGGCUCAGUGAAGAUAGGUGACCUAGGGCUGGCAACUCUUAUGAGGACCUCCUUUGCCAAGAGUGUCAUAGGAACCCCAGAGUUCAUGGCUCCAGAGAUGUAUGAAGAGCACUAUGAUGAGUCUGUGGACGUUUACGCAUUUGGGAUGUGCAUGCUGGAGAUGGCAACAUCAGAGUACCCCUACUCAGAGUGCCAAAAUGCGGCUCAGAUCUAUCGCAAAGUCACAAGUGGGAUAAAGCCAGCCAGCUUUGAUAAAGUUAAUGACCCAGAGAUCAAAGAGAUCAUCGAAGGUUGCAUUCGUCAGAACAAGAGCCAGAGACUCUCCAUCCGAGACCUCCUGAACCAUGCAUUCUUCGGAGAGGACACAGGGGUCCGGGUGGAACUGGCAGAGGAGGACACAGGCACACAGGACUGCCUGGCUCUGCGGAUUUGGGUUGAAGAGCCGAAGAAGUUGAAGGGGAAGCACAAAGACAACGAGGCUAUCGAGUUCAGCUAUGACCUAGAGAAUGACAGUGCUGAGGAAGUGGCUCUAGAGAUGGUAAAGUCAGGAUUCUUUCAUGAGAGUGAUGCCAAGGUGGUGGGAAAAUCCAUCCGGGACAGAGUUAAUCUGAUCAAAAAGUCACGGGAGCGACGGCAGCAGCAGCUCCUCCAGCAGCAGCAGCAGGGCUAUGAAGAAAGAAGAGACUCCACUCUCCCCUCCUACACCUUCUCUCAUCCUUCCUGUGUGUCCUCACUGGGGCCAGUGACGGCUGGACAAACAGGAGGUGGAGGAGGAGGAGGGCAGGAAGGUGAGGAGCUGCCUGAAGUAGACCAGCAUGUCAGGCAGCAACACAUUUUCAGCGGGGCAGCACUUAGUCUUCCAGCAGGCGAGAGCAUUGGGUCUGCCAGCUGUGAAUCUUAUGCAAGUGGACAGAGCCAGGCGUACGCUCAGCAAGGAGAAGCAUAUGCACACUCCCAGAUAACUCUGCCCCCUACAGCAUCUAGCACUGGUGCAUUGGUUCAUCCUCAUAUGCAUCCAAUUGGUGAGAGUGGAAGUGUCUCCAGUGUGCCUAUUGGCCAGAGAGUUAGCAUAUCCAGCAUGUCCAUAGGUCACAGUGGAGGGGGACCUGUUGGUCAGACAUUUCUUCAGCCUGUUACCAUGGUUCCACAGGUAUCUCAGAGUGUCCCACAACAAUACUACCAGUCACAAACAUUCCCAUCAGAUGCAUUUCAAACAGCCACUCCCCACAGCUCAUUGGCCCCAUCACAUACAUACAUGCCCCCUGUUUCCCCACAAGUUCCUUUUAAUGUCCUCACUACAUCCAUGUCAGUGGGUGAUCCCGCUGGACUAGUAGGGUCUGUUGUGCCCCUCGCUCAGCAGACCCAACCCCCUGUCACGCCCAUGCAGCUCACUGACAUCAUUCCCCAGGCAGCACCCCAGCAAACACAGCCUGUCAUGAUCCCUCAGCAGACUAUUGUCACACAACAACAGAUAGGGAUGGAUCCCCAUACCUCCACCCUUCAGCAACAACCACAACAGCAAAUGGACGCCCAGGGCACACUGCUUGAUCAUCAACAAGUUAGGGCAACUCAGCCAGCAACAGAUCAACAUCAACACAACACUUCAGCUGCAGCUGUCCAGAAACAUCAGCAUGAGCAUCCGCAGCAGACCUACGUACAACAGCCGUUUCCUCAGCAGCACGUUUUACCUACACAAACAGGUAUGGAGCAGCAAGCUUUGCAAUUACCACAAACAGGGGAGCAACCUCUGACUUACAAACAGCAACCAACAGGGGAUACUUGUGAGCCGAACAUAAUACAAUCUCAACGACUGCAACAACAGCUUCAGCAACAGCAAACUCUGCAACAACAAGAAACCUUAGUGCCAGAGCAGCAUCAGACGUAUGUCCAGCAACAGCUUGAUCAGCAGCAACAAAAAGCUUUGCUUCAGCAGCAGCAGGCCACACUGCAGCAGCAUCAACUGGAACAGCAGCAAGUACUUCUACACAAGCAAUUGAUGGAUCAACAACAGCAGGUACUUAUUAAACAGCAAGAGCAACAUCAGCAACAACAAGGUCUUCUACAACAACAGCAGUCACAACAACCCUGUUUACAACAUCAGUUAGAGCAGCAUCAACAACACCUUCCUUUACAGCAACAGCAGCAGAGCCAGUUAUAUCAACAAACUGGAAUACAAAAUGAACCAGAGAAGCAACAGCUAAGUGGGCACCAGCAGCAACAAACUGUUCUGCAGCAGCAACCCCAGCUGAGUCAACAGCAACAAGAACAACAACUACAUCAGCAAGCCCUACUUCGACAUUUAGAACAACAACAGCAACAAGCACUAUUACAUCAACAUUUGCAACAGCAAGCUAUUUUACAAAAGCAGCAGCUACAACAGAAAGCUCAGCUACAGCAACAGCAACAAGAGCAGCAACAGGUGCAACUCAUGCAGCAGAUAGAACAGCAGCAGCAAGCUCUUUUGCAGCAACAAUUAGAACAACAGCAUCAGCAACAAGUACUCUUACAACAACAACAAGCAGAGAGAAUGCAGCAUCAGGCUCUGAUACAGCAACAGAUUCAAGAUCAGCAGCAACAAGCUGCAAUCAUGCAACUUCAGGAUAUUAAAAAUAACAGUGAGAAGCAGAUACAGGAGCAACCAACUGAUAUACAGCGCACUUGUAUCCCACAGCUAAAUGCCACUCAGUUUACUUCUACUACCAUGCUCACACCGCAGCAGGUGCUGGAGCACCAACAGCAAGCAGCACCCACCCAGCAGCAUCACACUUCUGUUCUGGAAACUCAAAUCCCAGUUGGACCUCCAGGUACUCAGGUGCUCCAGCACCAAACUCAAAUUGUCUCACAAGCCCAGGCCUCCAUGGCCCCUCGGACUACGCAGAUCCCUGACCAGAUGUGUGGUGUUGUUCAAGCUAAAGUCUUUACCCAGCAGGGACGAGGUGAGGCUCAUCCCCAGGACCAGACCAAUGUUCCAGCAGCUCAGGCUUUGAUUGAGGCCCAAGUAACUCCUCCAGCAACAGUGAUCCAGGGACAGACACAGGCCAACCAGACCCAGCAUGUUCCUUUACAGGCAAGUUAUCAAGGACCUGUAACUCCCACACAGAGCCAAGUAGCUCCUCAACCAUCAGUCCAGACUCAGUCUCUACCCCCAUCACUAAGGCAGGUCCCAACACCACAUGGUCAAGGCCAAAUGGUGGACAUUCAAAUGAUUGGCCAACAAAGCCAAUCUGCUGUCCAGUCUCCAGCUACAAUAACCUCUAUUCAGACCAAUCAAGAGACUCAUGUUCAUCAAAAUGCUAAAUUGACAGGGCCGAUGCAGCUCAAGGGCCAACAACAAAAUCAAGGCCAGCCCCCAAUCCAGAUGCAUGCUCAGGUUGCCACUGCCAUUUUAGCUCCUCAUUGUGUUCCUCAGCUUGCCCAACAAGCCGGCCCAUCUAUACAACAGGAUAUAACUCGUAUCAUGCAGCCACAGCAGCAACAGGAGCCAGUACUGCAGUAUCAGAGGAUGACCCUGUCUUCUGGCCCAGCUGGAAGUGUUGGAACAACAACAGAUGAUCUUAGUUCUGUAGUUGACCCUGCAAACCGUAUUGGCACUUCCCAUCUUGUGCAGCAGACUGUACCCGCCUUUAUUGCAGGUCAAACAACACCACAUUCAGUUGUUCAGGCUCAGCAGCAGCCUCUAAUAAGCACUCCUGACUCUUCAGUCAUACAGCCUAUUUCCCAACCUUCUUUGCCUCAGUGUACUGGGCAAUACCAGAGACCGCUACAGAAGCUUUCUGAAGUACAGCAACCACUCGCUUCACCUCCUCCACAUGCUCAGUUGCUGUCACAGCCAACACAAAGUCCAAUCCAACCAACAUUUUCUCCUAAUCAGGCUGUAAUACCGUUGGAGAAGAGUCAGAUGCCCCAACAGUGUUCACCUGCCUCAAAUCUGCUGAAUCAUCCUGCUGCACCAAGAGUCCCUUAUAAUGUGGCUGUGACUCAUUCACAGACUCUGCCCCUCAGUAGUCAUCUUACGGCAGGUGCCCCUCUGUCUCCAAAACACCAAGCCAAGCAGAUCCUGCCAGCCCACACACACACACAAACAAGCAGUCAGGCCCAAGCACACUCCCAAACACAGACACUCGUUCAGGCUCAUUCUCACACUCAGACGCACACUGAGAUACCCUUUGCAGAACAGCCAGUUCCACCCAAUGCUGUCUUUACUGUGCAACAGAUGCCUCUUAGCCCUUCUCAUAACUCAUGUACGCGAACAACCCUACCAUCCCUACCAUCCCACUAUCCUGCUGCUACCCCUGUGCCAGAGCUGCCUUUAUCUCCUCCAGCAACCAAGGCAACCUUUCCAGGGCAGGCAGACCUUGUACCCACCUCCCCUCCACCUGUCACUACUCUACAAACGCUUGAUUCUAAUGCCCCCAAACUUCCCCAAGGCUUGCUGCAAGACUGUGACCUUUCCCUGCUGGGCAUUGCUCAGGAUGGUCCAUACUUAUCAAGUACAGAACAUCAUUCUUCUUUGGGGUCUGUUCCUGCUAAUGGCGAAGAAUCUCUUCAGAUCUUGGCCAAUGGGAAGAUAGAGAAAUUGAAGACUCAAAGAAGAGCUUCCUGUCAAAGACCUGAUAAAGUUGCACAUCAGUUCCAACUGAGCAUGCUUCAGGUGUCCGGCAGUGGGGACAACAUGGUGGAAUGCCAGUUAGAGACCCAUAGCAACAAGAUGGUGACAUUUAAAUUUGACAUCGAAGGGGAUGCACCUGAGGACAUAGCAGAUUACAUGGUGGAGGAAGACUUUGUUCUUGAUGUAGAGAAAGAGAAAUUUGUGGAACAGCUUAGGGCCAUUGUCAAGAAAGCUCAUGAACUCCUCCAAAUGCAUUCCCAGACUGGAUCAACUGACCAGCUGCAUGUGAGCACUCCAACUAGCUCAACAAUGGAUGUAGUCCCCCACUCCUCCCCAGUGGGACGCUGGCGCUUCUUUAUCAACCAGACCAUCAGACAUAGAGACUCUCUAUCUGGCCAGGGAGCAGCCACAACACCACCCACUUCAGAGGCAAGGAUACUUCAAUCUCCGAGAGCAGAGAAAGCUGUAGAAAGUGAAGGAUUGCAAAGCCUGGAGUCUUUGACAGGAAUGGCCUCUCCCCCUUGCACCACUCUUUCAGCCACCUCCCCUCCAGUCUCAACUGUCUCAGCCCCUGCUUCCAUGGCCCCCUCAGUUACCGCUGCCCCUGCUCCUAACACUGCUUCUUCCGAAAGCAUCUCUGCACCAGCAUCCACACUUGAAGCAUCUAUCCCUGUCACUGCUUCAGUUGGUUUUGAAAGGCCAGUUCUCACCUCAGCCUCUGCUGACAAAAUUCCAUGUGCUCCCUCAUCCAUAGCAAUACCUGCUACUGUUAACCUUCCCACCUUUUCCACUGCUCCUGCUGUUGUAUCUCCUACAACCAACACCAUUCUGCAAGAUACUUUCACUACACCGGGUAACAACAAUUGCUCCACUGUUGGUCAGUGUAUGGGGGAUGCAGUGAAAACUGCUCAAAGGCCAUGUGUGCCUACACUGGACCAGUCUAGGACCUCUGUUAAUUCCCCUCCUACUGCUGCUACGGUGACCUCCUCUGCGCUGAGCCAACUUUGUUUGGAGCAACAGCAGACUCUCACCCAGGUAGCCAAACUGGCCCCACCACAACCACAGCUACAAUCACAACCACGGCUACAGCCUGCAUUACAGCAGAAGCUACCAGCAGUGCAACAGCAACUGCAAUUUGAGCAACAGGUACAGCAGAUACAAAUGGCAACACCAGUGCAACAACAGCAAGGGUUCCAAGAACAACUUCAGGUGCAACAGGAACAAGCACUGCAACCGUUGCUCCAGCAGUCAGAGCAUCAGCAACUAAUGCAGACACAAAUGCCACCUCAACAACAGCUGACUGAGGUGCAGGUGCUGCCUUUGCCAGGUCAUACAGAGUUCUUACAACAUCCUGUGCCUCUACAGCAGUUUCUGCCACCAAUGUCUCUACAGCAGGCCCAACAACAGCUCCCUCAACAGCAAGCAGCUCAGUAUAAACAGCUGCAACAGCAUCAAUUACAGCAGGUGCAACAGCAGGUUAUGGCACCACAAGCUGUUGUGGUGCCACAACAGCAGGCCCAAAUUGAUCCCCAUCAGCAGCAACAGUUAAACCUACAACAGACAAUACAUUUACAGCAACAGCAAAUGGUACAACAGCAAAUACAGCAGCAACAGCCGCUGAUUAUGAGUGCUGCUGUGGCUUUACAGUCAGAUCAAAUCCAAAUUCUGCCCAUGUCAGUUAGUCAACAGUUUCUUCAACAGGCACAGCUUAAUAUUAGCCCUUUACCACAACAGCAUAUUCAACAACAAGCUCAAAUUCCUGCUGAGCUGGCACAACAACACAUACAGACACAGAAACAGGUGCAAAACUUUGAGCAGCAACAAGAGGUGGUUAAAGCCACUGACACACCUCAGAAACAGCAGCAGUUUCCAAUGCAAAAGCAGUCAUCUUUACAGAUGUCAGAGUCAGAAGUGUCCACAGGAGAGACGAGUGUCACUGAAGACACGUGCAGCUACACUGCCACCUGUCAUCCUUCUUCUGACUCUUCUCUGCCGCCUCUCCAACUGGUCACCACUGACGCCCCGUUACCGUCUCUCUCCCACACAUUGACACCCUCCCCUGCCCAGCCUUCCUCUGUGGCUGAGUCAGACAGUGAAGGACCCCCCAAAAUUGAUUUUGUAGACAACCGUAUAAAAACUCUGGAUGAAAAGCUAAGGAACUUGUUGUAUCAGGAGUACAGCAGCGGGGGAGCACAGGCAGGGGGAGCUGCCUCAGGGCCUACAGCAGCUGCCUCCACAUCAGCAGGAGGAGACGAGUCAUCUGAGCAACAUUCCAUUCACCACGUGUCUUUUCCUCCACCUGCCUCCUCCUCCUCAGAUACCUCCCCUCACUCCUCAUCCUCCACUACCUCCUCCACCACUUCCCGUUCUUCCUCCACCUCCCCUGACCCGGAGAUGGAUGGGGGAAGAGAGGAGGCUUCCUCAGAAUUGCCCAACUUAAUGGAGCUUGGUCCGGUCGAGCAGCAGCCUGGCCCCUCUAUCCCCUCCACCUCUGCCUCGUCCACCCCUCCUACCUCUCUUAUGCCCCCAAACCAGGAGGAGCCUACUAGGCCACAACGCCCGCCCGUACCAGGAGAACCAACCAUUCUUGCUGUACCCCCACACUCUGACACCAGUACCACCGGAGACGCAUCGUGGCCCCACAAUCAGCACCCGAUACCCCUCCAGCAUGGACAGCAGAAGCACAAUGCAGGAGGUGGAUAUUUUGGCCUAAACCUGACAUGUCCUAGUAUCAGAAAUCCUGUUAGCAAGAAAUCCUGGACUCGCAAAUUCAAAAACUGGGCAUGCAAACUGCGCAACUCCGCCAGCUUGUUCAAGAAGCCCCGAGUCCAAGAAGAUGGACGCUCCAGCAGUCAGACACUAAGAGAGGAGAAAGUGGCACAACCCAUUAAUCCACCUCAGUCACAUAGAGGAAGGUUUCAGGUGACUCCUGUGCCCCAGUCCUGUCCUCCGAAGGAUGCUCUCACGGGCCAUUGUAGCACCCACAGGAAAGUGGGACGCUUCUCUGUAACCCAGGCUGAGACUAAGAAAGAGGACAGGCACACUGAGAGCUCCCCAGUGUCUACUUAUGUGGAGAGGGAGAGGAGGAGAUCUCGGGCUAAGGAGGGAGAGAGAGAAGAAAGUAAGAGAACCCCAGCGAUGCCUCACCUGCCUCGAGGUCAUGGGCACAGCCACUCACCCCUUGGCAGCAGUGAUGAUGAGAGUGAGAUGGAGGAUGAAGACCUGAGAAAAGAACUACACAAGCUCAGAGAGAAGCACAUCAAAGAAGUGGUUUUCCUCCAGGCUCAGCAGAACAGGGAACUGCAGGAGCUGUACAGACAGCUUCGUUCUCUCAAAGACCAAAGGCAGAGUCUGCCUGCCUCCUUGUCACGAACCCCCCCUCUUCCUGCAGCACCUCCUGUCCUCUCUCCUCGUAGGCCCAGGCCGGCUAAAAUCAAGCUCCGGACUCGUCCUCACUCUCACAUGGAUAACAAUGGAGUUUCACACUCUGAUAAUAGCCCAUUAAGAAAAGGCACGUUCACUGAUGAACUGCACAAACUUGUUGAUAAUUGGACAAAGGAGACAGUGGGCCCUUCCCCACCCAAGCCUUCACUCAAUCAAAUUAAGCAGAUUCAGCAAGUGCAGGAGUUGGGAGGCUGGAGCCAGUCAACCGAGGUUCCUUCACAAAGUUGGUUUCCUGUAGCACCACUGAACCCCCAUGUACCCCCGACCCCUGCCAGCUUGCCUGUGGUAGCCCCUUCUCAUUACACAGGUGGAGGGAGCCUGUCCAACCCGCAGUCCACCGGACCACCACAACAACCACCCAUGGCUCAAGUGCAACCGGUGCAGCAAAGUUUACACCUCCAUCAGUCCCUCCCCCUCCAGCAGAUGACUUAUCAGCAGACCCCACUUCGCCAGCAGAUACAGCAGCCUCAGAUUGAGAGUCCCCUACAGUCUCAGUCACAACCACAGACUCAUCCUGUCACCCAGCUGCCCUGCACGCCCCCUCAAACCCAACCACGGCUGCCUUCCCAAAUGCCCUCAUCUCCAGUGUCCACAGCUGCGUCUCUCCUGCCUGGCAGUGGCACCAUAUCAACUACUGAUAGCACUGCUACUGCUGCUGCUGCUGCUGGGGGGACAUUUAGCUCCUGUACCUCAUCUUCCACCUCUUCCUCCUCAUGCUCUACUGCUGCUCUACCUUCCAGUGCCAAAAUUCACCCAGCAACCCCAACCUCUACUCUUCCUCUGGGACAGAAAUGAAACCAAGGCAAAGUAUGAAGGUGUACAAGAUGGAAAUACAAAGUGGAUCAGGACGUAAAGCAGAUCCAUGUGGAGUGUUUAUGUGUAUGAAUGACAGAGCUGUGAUUGAAUGAAUAUAUGUUUUCCAGAACUUCUGGAUGAGGUGGGGCCUGAAUGUAAGAGAAGAUAGUUUCUAGUACGUAAAGACAAGAGGGUAAAAAAUGGAACGCAGCAGAUGGGGUUAUUGAAUCACAACAUGUUUGGGUGAUGAGAUGUAUAAAUUCUUAAAUGUAUGACUGUGUGCAUUUAUGAGUGAGUGUUUGUGGAUUAUCUGAGUACAUAUCCCUUUAUGUCAUUUUACACAAAUUAAUGUUCUCAUUUUUGUUUUGAGACAAACUCAGUUGGACCUGAUCGAAGCACAGACAACAAGGACAAAAUAUUUGAUCUUUUGUUGAUAAUUUUUACGAGUGCUUAAAGUAAAAGGACUAUCAAUUUAUAAAAGUGCAAUUAGUAGUGAUCAUCUAAAUUGAUCAGCAUGUAUUGUAUGGAUUUGUCUGUAAGGCAUAAGAUAUUUUAAAGAAGCACAUGGAUAAAAAAAACUAGAUGCAGUAAAGAUCCUCUCAUGAUCUGCACAGGAUCUUCUCAAACUGAAGGCCUACAGCACAAGAUGUUUGGGAAAAAGAUUAGAUAACAGCAGUCACACUGUCGAGCAUGGUUAAGUUAUCUAGCUACCGUCAUUACCACAAUGUGACCAAACCCAAUGAUAAUCAGCAUGUGCUUCAUUUGUUAUAUUUUAUGUUUAACAUUGUAACAUAGAAACUGUCCAAUUUAACAUGAGUGAUGUUACAUACAUUUAGAUCAAUUCAUAACAUGACGGCACAUUUAAGUAUGUCAUCUACUUUUAGUGGGUACACUCAGCCCAAGACUGCAUGACCUUAUAACUAAAUUGACUUGACUGUGUAUUCGUGGAUCCGACAUUUGAAGCCCACUGAGAUGAUUCAUCAGUCAUGAGUAAAUAUGGUUUCAGUAUUAUAGGCUUUCAAAACAACUCGGGAUGUCAUGCUGCACAUGAAGAUGAAAAGGAAAAAAACUGCCAAUUAUUACUUUAAUCUGGGAUGACCUUACGGGUUAACCCAUGUUGCCUUUAAAGAACUGAAAUUAUGUGAGUGUGUUUAUAUUUUUUUCUGUGUGACAAAGCUGUGACAGUCCAAUUGUAUAUUGCAUUAUAAUUUGCACCUGUUUCUUUCAUUCAAAGCAGCCUCUCAGAUGUCAAUGUACCCAACUGAAAAUGUUUAUUCUGCCUACAUGUGUUGGGCUUGUAGAGAAACUAAACAGGGAGGAUAGAUAUACUAAUGCUAAAAGUUUGAUAUCCAACAUUGUUGGGCAAUCCUUAAAUGCCUGUUUACCAACUGUUUAGCAAAUUUAAAAAAUCCUGGUUUCAAUUUUGAGAUUUUAGUCUUUGAGCACAAGCUGUCAGUGUGUAUGCAUCUUUCAGAUGCUGAACUGUGGGCCAUAACUGUGCUUUUUGCACACUCCAAAAGGUUUAAUCUAGUCAAAAAUAUUCUAUUGCUUUUUACUCAAUUUUUACACAGUAAUAUAUCAACAGUUGAUAUAGUACGGCACAUUUGAUUUCAGUUGUCCUUACACACUUUUGGGUAGGAUGGUCCGGCGUGAAUACAAUUUUUGGCAUAUUUACUAGCAUGUAGUCAAAGCAGCAUUUCUGUUUUAUUAUAGAGAGAUUGUGUGCCACUGAAUACAGGACGUUGUACUAGUUGUUAAAAACUGCUAAUGUCAGUUUAAAAAAACAUUAAAAAAUGAAGAAAGGGUUUGUGCUUAAGGUCAUGGUUGUUAAGAAACUGCAAUUGCAUAAUAAUCUAGGAUAUAACAUUUUUUUCUGUAUUUGUUGCUUUUCAACAAAAUCCACAUUGUCCCUGAGUUGUAGUUCACAAAUAGUGAAUGUGAGAUACUGUGUGUCAUGUCUGAAACUAACAUGUUGACCAAGUUCCAGCUUAAUGAUCAUGAUUCAUGAUGUGAAGCUGGCUUUGUCCUUGAAGUGUUACCAAAAUGUUAUCUAAAAGAAAAAGAUUAUUUUUGUAUUUUGAAAUGGGGUUGUACAAAUUGUAAAAUUGUGUUAUCAUUUUAAAUCACAGGGUGUUUGAAACUAGAAAACACUGGUUUUCAUUCCUGUUUACAUGGGACUCCCCUUCCUUGAUGUACCUCUUUGGGUCGUGAGAGGCCAGUGUCAUUUAAGAUUUGUUUAAAUAUUUUUGUGUCAUUUCUGACAUCUUACGUCAGUUCUGAACCAUAACAGCUUUGCAGAUAUAUAAUACAGUAAACCUUACUGUAGAGUUGCAGCUCAGAUUGAAUUGAUGUAAAAACUUAUUGCAACAAAAACCUGGGGAGUCCAAAAAUGACAUCAAUGACAACCAAUGAUAAAAGGACAUUUUUGGCAGAGACACCUCGAGAAAUAAACUAUGUUGCUGGUGAUUUAGCCUCUGUAAAUUGUAACUAAUUCAACUGUUGAUUUUAUUUAUGUUUUGUAACUAAUCUAAAUAAAUGAUGUCAAACAUCAAACGACAA